UUUUGUCUAUUUCGGUCUGUACAAAUCUUGUGGAAUAGAAAACGUUCUUUUCUUGUUUUGCACACUCAUUGGUAUCAAUUCUACCAGAGUGUGUGUGCGCGCGCGCGCACCAGCGCGCGAACGUUGGUCGAAUUGUUUACGUCCAACCAUGUGAAACAUUUACGACAGCAAGAGCAUUCUUGUAUUUUCUGUACGGAACAUCCUCUUUCUUUAAUUACCGACAAACGAGUGCAUUGAAAAGUGCAGUCGGGUACGAAGGCGGCUUGGAAGGGUACUUUGUUCCAAGAGAACGCGAUAGAACCAAGGAUAUAUGCAUGUAUGUACCUACAUAUUUAUACACACAUAGAACGUAUCGGCGGCAGCGAAGGCGGCGGCGCCCGACGACGACGAUACUGGCAGAAGGGAAUAAGAAACGUCAAGUUUCGGCUGAUUAUUCAUCGUCAUGCAGCAAGAUAUUGACGAAGAGAUGACGAAAGCAAGUGUGGCAGCAACAAAAAUUCAAGCGAAUUUUCGGGGUUAUCGAAUUCGAAAGCAAUUAAAGGAAUCGAAAAAGGAUACAAAUUUACCGGCGGCUGAUGCGAUUCGUCGGGAAUGUGGACAACGUCAGCAAGAAUAUUCGAAGGGCAGGAGGGAAUUCUCGAUUCCGAAGAAUGCAUCGUGUACGGAAAGAGUUUCCUUGGAAGAAAAAUCGGCGACAAAAAUCCAAGCGGGAGUGCGCGGUUUUUUAGUACGGAAGAGACAAGAAAUGGCCCGAAUGGCUGCGACUACGAUUCAGGCGGGUUUUCGAGGUUUUAGAACCAGAAAACAACUAAAGGAAAGCGAACAAUAACACACGCUCGCCCCGUCUCUGACAUCUGCUCCUCCCUUCUCGCUCUGUUUCCCCUCGACUCAUCUCAUUCCUACGGUCCUACAGUUUUCACCAGUUUAUACGAGUGGUCGAACAUACUCGAACGGAACUACAGUGAUUUAUUAUUUCAAAAGCCUCAGGUUCAAUUUUACACACGAACAAGGAAGCGACCACGGCAAAGAAAACUUGGAAAAUGACGGAAUCUCUUGUGUAAUGUUCAAAAACAUAGUAACUACGACAUAUGUAUUUUUUUUUUUCUAGAUUGGCUGUGUGCUACAUGUGUUUUGAACUCGAUACUCUCGUUGUUUCUUCCAAUUGUUGACGGCGACGCACUUGCGCCGACGACUUACGAUCCCAUCGCGGCAAAUGGAUCCAUAAUUAUCGAGGAACAAUCGAAAUAGCCUCAGUGGUCACCAACGACGUUUGGCAACGACAUUGACCGUGCUAUUUGCU